CUUACAGGUACAUGAGACAGCACUGCAGCUAUGAGUGCGAUUUUAAAAAGGAAAUUUGAAGAAGUUGAUGGUUCCUCUCCCUGCUCUUCUGUUCAGGAAUCCGAUGAGGACAUAUCCAGCAGCGAAAGUGCAGACAGCAGUGACAGUGUCAACCCUUCUAGUUCUAGUCACUUUACACCAUCUUCAAUCCUAAAGCGAGAGAAACGCCUGAGAGCUAAGAAUGUCCGUUUCAACUGCGUCACAGUUUAUUAUUUCACAAGAAGACAAGGAUUCACAAGUGUGCCUAGUCAAGGAGGAAGUACGCUGGGUAUGUCUAGCCGUCACAACAGUAUACGCCAAUACACACUUGGAGAGUUUGCGAUAGAACAAGAUAAGUUACAUAAGGAGAUGUUGCGAGAUCACCUUAGAGAAGAAAAACUGAACUCACUCAAACAAAAGAUAACCAAAAAUGGAACGGUAGAAUCAGAAGAAGCGAAUAUCCUAACAUUGGAUGACAUAUCUGACGAUGACAUUGAUUUAGACAACACUGAAGUAGAUGAAUAUUUUUUUCUGCAACCUCUGACUACCAAGAAGCGAAGGGCAUUACUGCGAGCAUCUGGAGUAAAAAAGAUUGAUGUGGAUGAGAAACAUGAGUUGCGAGCCAUCCGUCUAUCGAGAGAAGACUGCGGCUGUGAUUGCAGAAUAUUCUGUGAUCCAGAAACCUGCACAUGCAGCCUUGCAGGCAUAAAAUGUCAGGUGGACCGUAUGUCUUUCCCAUGUGGGUGUUCUAAAGAAGGUUGCAGCAAUACAGCUGGUCGAAUUGAGUUUAAUCCCAUUAGAGUACGGACUCACUUUCUACACACAAUCAUGAAACUCGAGCUAGAGAAAAGCAGAGAGCAGCAAGCAAAUGCAGUCAAUGGUUGCCAUGGAGACAGCAGCUCACUUUCAAGCUCUAUGGUCCACCCUGUGGAAUAUCCCAUUGGAGAGAGUUUUGAAAUUGAAACUGAGCCUCAAUCUGCAUUGAUGCAUUUUCAGUCCUCUGAUCAUUUAGAUUGUAAUGACGAAGAGGAUGAUGACGGAAGUAGCUAUUGUAGUGGAGUCACAGAUUCCAGCACACAGAGUUUGGCAGCAACUGAAUCUGAUGAGGAUGAUGACGAAGAUGACGAUGAUGAUGGGGAUAAAUCGGAUGAUUUUGGAGAUGCAAGAUCAUCCCAUGAAGACAGUAUCACUGUACCUUCUGUUCUGUGUUAUUCAGACAGCAAUGCAAUGCAUGAAAACCAUUUAAAAAAUGCUUCAUAUUACUCAAACUCUUCAUCAUUGUAUUAUCAAAUAGACAACCAUAAUUCUGGUACCACAAACCAGAUGUCCGAUACCUAUCCAGAGAGGGACCCUAUAAAAAAUGGUACUUUUAAUUUGGUGCCUUACAGCAUAAGAGCUGCAGAUCAAUAUGUUGACUAUUCAAGACCAACUGAUGAAAGUUACACCACCUCUCAUUACACUACAAACCAAUCUGUGAUAGUGUGCUGCCCGUCUUCUGAAAAUGAUAACAAUGCAACUUGUAACCCUUUAUAUCAGGAACACAGGUCAAGUCUCCCGCAAGUGGGGUUUCAUUCAUAUCUUAAAAGCUCCUCGCCUGACGGUUUUGUUGCCAGUUUAAAUGGGAAUGCUCAUCCUGAGCUGCUAAAGGAAAGCUCCCUAAAACUUUCAGAAACAAGUAAACUUCAUGAGGAUUGCAUUAAAUCACCUGUUGUAGAGACUGUACCUGUUUAAUGGUUUGCACUUGACAAUUCCUCCAAAUGACUAUAUUUGAUUGCGAAUUAACUUACUACAAUCAUACUGUUUUAUAAAAACAAAGAUAAUAAUAGAAGGAAGGUGAUAUCCUUUCUAGAUAGGUUUGGUUGAAUAGUUUAUUUAAUAAUGUAACUUAUUUCAAAACAAUGUUUUAAUAGGAAAUGUUGAUUUACAAUAAGUUUAGUCUUUGUCAAUUUCAAAGUAGCCUUGUAUCAAAUGACGUGCAACUUGCCAAACCAGCUCCAAUACAUUUAUUUG